AUGACAACUGGUAUAAUGAGUUUAGAGGAUAUUAUAGAUGAUAUAAAAAAGAAUAUUAAAACGGUAUUCCAAAAUGGAAUUAGAGCUGAAGAUUGGCAAGAAGUUUAUAUAAUUGGACUUCAAUUAACAUUAGACAGAUUAACCCUUCUGAAGGUGAACAUAAUUCAUAUAAGGAAUAUGGCUAAAAAAUCGAGAAAUAAUAGGCGUAAAACUGCAGCCAAAUAUGAACAUACAUAUGAUAGGGCAACUGGCUUUAUCAUUGUCACGAAUAAAAAACAGAAUAGGAUUAUUAGCGUGUUUGAUUAUCCCGAGCUGAAUGAAUAUCUAGGAGUCUGA